AUGAUUAUCGGUAUCCCCGAAGCUCUUUUCGACAACUUCAAGUACUUUGCGAAUGCGACGGCCGCAUCCUAUUGCCCUACAAACGAGAACGCGACCUCUGGAUCACUGAUCACUUGCCCAGCUGGCGUUUGCCCACAAAUUGAAGCUGAUGGAGUAACUUCACUUGUUGGAUUUGGAGGCUCCAAUGACUCUUCAUUAACCAACAUCAAAGGCUUUGUCGCACUCAACCCAGUCAAGUCCCUCAUUAUUGUCGCAUUCGCAGGCUCUGGCAACACAAUCCGCAACUGGCUUGCCAAUUUCUCUUUCGUUCAGAUCCCGUAUACUCUCACUGGCUGUACAGCAUGUACAGUUCACUCUGGCUUUAUCAAAGGAUGGCAUGAACGACGCCCUGCCGUUCUGGAUGCCGUCACGGCGGCUAAGGCAGCUCACCCUGAGUACACAGUGGUCGUAACCGGGCAUAGCAUCGGUGGAGCAGUUGGAACACUUGCUGGCGCUGAACUGAGAAGCAUGGGUAUCAAUGCAGAUGUGUACAGUUAUGGCUCGCCACGAGUCGGGAAUGCUGCAUUCGCGAGUUUCGUGACUGCUCAGGAAGGUGUGAACUACAGAAUGACGCAUGAAAACGAUCCAGUUCCACAGAUCCCACCUACCUGGAUUGGAUACGAACAUACUAGUGCUGAAUACUGGCUCGCGAAUGGUACGGCAACGACUGAUGUGUAUAAGAAGGAAGAUGUGGUUGUUUGUGAUGCAUUGGGGAGCACGGACUGUAAUGCUGGGACAGGGCUGAUCCCGAUUGCUGGAGAUGCGCAUAAUCAUUACUUGGGUGUUAUUACUGCAUGCCAGGGACCAGUUGAAUGGUAG